GUUUGGAGAUGGCUACAUCCUGAUCGGAUUUUCUCAUGGAUAUUUUGUGGUCAUUUCAACUCAUCCUAAGGAGAUAGGACAGGAAUGUUUUCAAGCUCGCAAUCAUAAAAACUCUCUGAACAGUGUGGCAAUUUCAACCUCUCUUGGCAAGGCAGCAUCUUGUGGUGAUAAUUGCAUCAAAAUACAUGACCUUUCUGACCUGAAGGAAAUGUAUGCAAUCAUUAACUUGGAGGAAGAACGUGGCCUUGACCUAAUUUCCUGGACUGAUGAUGGCCAGUUGCUGGCAGUGUCAACUCCUAAGGGAAGCCUCCAUGUUUACCUGGUCUGUCUGCCAAUGUUGUCCUCAACACACCAGACCCGCAUCGCUUACCUGACCUCAUUGCUUGAGGUCACUGUAGAAGACAGUGUUGCCCAGGAGGAACCCAUAACGAUCCAGGUGGAGGUGGAGCCUUCCUUUCUAGCAGUUGGACCGUACCACGUUGGUGUUGGCAUGAACAACAGGGCCUGGUUUUACUUAUUGGGAGAUUCAGGCCCUGAACUGAUGAAAGACAGCAGAGAGUACCUUGGCACUGUCCAGUCAUUGUGCCUGAAUGCAGACUAUGCUGCGGUCUACUUUGAAGGAAAAAUUCAGUUACACAUGAUUGAGGCUGAUAAGAUGGAGACCAGCGAUGAGAGAGAAUCCAGGCUGUUUCCUGACUCAGAUCAGAAAAACUGCAAGAUCACUUGUCAUGCCAUGACAGCAGACUUUCUGAUCUAUGGCACUUCUCUUGGAGGAAUCCACUAUUUCUUCAUUGAGGAUUGGAACUUUGUGGUUGACCAUCGUCACAGUGUCGGCAUCCGUAAACUCUUCCCAGACACCACAGGAGCACAUGUAGUGUUUAUAGAUGAGCAGAGUGAGGGAUACAUUUACAAUUCCGCAGAUGACACUGUGAUAAGUAUUGGUGACUUUUCUGCAACAACGCAGGGUGUUCUGUGGGAAAACUGGUUGCCAGAUAAGACUGUUUUCCUGGCUUAUGACACAGAGAAAAUGUACACAUUUGUUUACUGCCAGGAUUCUGUGAAAGGCAGCCAGGUCAUAUUUGCAGGAGCCUCACGACUUCCAUACGGGCAAGUCCCAGUUCUGCUUUAUAAUGGGGAAGUCACUCUGCAGACACCCAGUGGCAAGAUGGCUACCCUGCUUCUGGCUACGCAUUCUCAUGUUUUUAGUGACAACCCAGCCAGCAUGUCACCCAGUGAGCUGAAGACUGCAGUCACUCAGUGCAUGAAAUUAAGAAGGUUCAAGGAUGCCUGGGUGUAUUGCUCUGUUCUCAAGAGUGAGGCCAUGUGGAGGGAAGUUGGGAGAGCAGCCCUGGAAAAUAUGCAGCUGGACUUUGCCAUUAGAGUGUAUAGAGAGAUUGGUGAUGUCGGGAUGGUGUCUUCACUGAAACAAAUCAAGGGAACAGAAGACAAGAAUCUCUUGUGUGGCUAUAUAGCCAUGUUCCUUGGAGAGUUUAACUUGGCACAGGAUCUCUUUCUAGCCUCCCAGAACCCUUUGGCAGCUCUAGAGACCUGCUACACUGGGACAGCGCCCUUACAACUGGCCAAAGCCCUAGCACCCGAACAGAUCCCUUACAUAUCCCGGGAGUACGCCCAACAGCUGGAGUUCACCGGAGACUACCUCAAUGCUCUGACACAUUUUGAGAAGGGAAUCACCCAGGUCGAGGCUGAGCGAGAGCAUAACGAGGUGUGUGCUGCUGGGAUAGCUCGGAUGUCCAUCAGAGUCGGAGAUAUCAGGAGAGGUGUGUCAAUGGCAUCCAAGAUGCCGGGGAAGAUUCUGAAGAAGGAGUGUGCUGCCAUCUUGGAGAGUAUGAAGCAAUGGACAGAGGCUGCCCAGUUGUACGAACAAGGACACUAUUAUGACAAAGCAGCUUCAGUGUACAUCAGAGGCAAAAACUGGAACAAGGUAGGAGAGCUGCUCUCCAAAAUCACAUCCCCCAAGAUACAUGCACAGUAUGCUAAAGCCAAAGAGGCAGAUGGCCGCUACAGGGAAGCAGCUGAGGCAUACAAGAUGGCCAAAGAGUGGGACAAUGUCAUUAGAAUCAAUUUGGACCACCUGCAGAACCCAGAAGAAGCAGUGAAGAUAGUUAGGGAGACACAGUCGGUAGAGGGAGCCAAGAUGGUAGCCAAGUUCUUCCAGCGCUUGAAUGACUAUGGUUCUGCCAUCCAGUUCCUUGUGAUGUCUCACUGCAAUGAUGAGGCGUUUCAGCUGGCCCAGCAACAUCGACAGAUGGAGACCUAUGCAGACAUUAUAGGCUCGGACGCCACCAGGGAAGACUAUCAGAGUAUAGCUGUUUAUUUUGAGAAUGAGAAGAAGCAUUUCCUUGCUGGCAAGUUCUUCCUGUUGAGUGGACAGUACUCCAAAGCAAUGAAACAUUUCCUCAAGUGCAACUCUGAAGAUGGACAAGCAGUAGAACUGGCCAUUGAGACAGUUGGACGAGCCAAUGACGACGCACUGACCAAACAGCUUGUGGACUUUCUCAUGGGGGACGUCGAUGGCACACCAAAAGAUGCCAAGUACCUGUUCCGUCUGUACAUGGCUCUGAAGAGGUUUGGGGAAGCAGCUAGAACGGCCAUCAUCAUUGCCAGGGAGGAGCAGAACGCAGGGAACUACCGCAAUGCUCACGAUGUCCUGUUUAGUAUGUACCAGGAGCUGAAGCAGAACAAGAUCAAGAUUCCUGCAGAAAUGGCCACAAACUUGAUGAUACUGCACAGUUACAUAUUAGUAAAGAUCCAUGUCAAGCGAGGAGACCAUUUGAAAGGAGCCAGGAUGUUAAUACGUGUGGCUAACAACAUCAGCAAGUUUCCAUCUCACAUCGUUCCCAUACUGACAUCAACCGUAAUUGAGUGUCACAGAGCUGGCCUCAAGAACUCUUCCUUCAGCUAUGCGGCAAUGUUGAUGCGACCUGAAUACAGAAACGACAUUGAUCUCAAGUAUAAACGGAAGAUUGAAAUGAUUGUGCGCAAGCCGGACAAGAGUGAGGAGGAUGAGCCUGUGUCUCCGUGUCCAUUUUGUGGGUUUCAGCUUCCAGAGACAGAGCUGCUGUGUCCCGACUGCAAGAACAAUAUUGCUUAUUGUAUUAUUACUGGUCGCCAUGUACUUAAAGAAGACUUCUGUGUUUGUCCCAGCUGUGAUUUUCCUGCCAUUUAUAGCGAGUUUCUCAAGAUGCUGGAGACGGAGGAGACAUGCCCAAUGUGCAGUGAGAGAGUCUUGAAAGAAAACAUCCAAAAAAUCAUUGACCCCAGCAAGUACAUCCACCCAGAGACUGACAGUUCAAAAGAUGAGGAGAACUCUUAG